AUGCACGCUGCUGGCCAUUCAGAAGAUUGCCAAUAUACACACUCGCUGGGGUUUACAGACGGUGUGGGGAGAUCGGACGGCGAGGGGGUGGAACGUCCCUGGGCCGAACUGAACCAAUUGGGUGGGAGUACCCGUGAAAUGACCUAUGGUCACCAUCAAGAGGUCAUAGAAGAUCACCUACACUUCUGGAACUUUGUGAAGAGCAGUCAAAUGUGCACGUAUCUUUGGCAGAAGCACAGAGAGGCCUCAAAACAGGCUGAGCACCAUCGAGAAGACUUCCAAGGGCUUUGUGCGAUUACUCAUCCAGCCCUUCUGAAGAAAUGGGAGAACAUGUCGCCGCUUCCUCGGAAAGAGGGAACCACAGUACAGAGCGUCUACAAAUUACCGAAUGGGUUAAUCCCGACGAGAAAGCAGAUGUACGACAGACUUCGCCUUGUGGAGGCAGCGGAAGAGCCUGUGUGGUCAGAGGCUUCUGCACCGACGUGGAGCGUAUUCAGAGGUAGACCCUCUGCAGCUACUUUCAUCAAUAUGGGGUUGUGUCUUGAGGAUGAACAGCACAAAGUGACGUCUCGUGCCUCUGCAGUACUCAGGAAAGACGCUGCAAGCAUAGAUCUUGGCCUUCACCGGGCCCGUGACGCCCUGGCAGGGCAUCUAAAUUGA